AUGUCUUCAAUCACAUUCAACAGCCCCCCCGGCGCCGGUCAAAAGCACGGCGAGCUCUGCCACUACUCCCAGUCCGUCGACCUGGGCAACGGCGUCGUCAAAUGCGCUGGGCAGGGAGGCUGGGAUCCGCAGACGGGGGCCCUCGACGCCAACGACACGCAGAGGCAGGUCCAGCUGGCGCUGGAGAACGUCGACGUCGUCCUCAAAGCCGCGGGCUUGCGGGGGUGGGAGGACGUCUACUCGCUGCGGUCGUAUCACUGCGAUAUCCGCGCUUCCUUCGACCUGACCGUCGAGGCUCUGAAGAAGCGCAUCCCGGACCACCGGCCGAUCUGGACAUGUAUCGCGGUCCCGCACUUGGCCUUUCCGGGAAUGCUCAUUGAGCUCGAGGUCGAAGCCAAGCGCCAGGAAUAG